AAUCAAGUCAACUCAACUUACUUCCUCUACAUCCAUCCUCCCACCAACCCCACCCCAAUGACAUCCCAUACCCCGUCGUCAGCGGGCGAGGCGAGCAGCAGCACGCCGGGCGCGAGCGUCGGCGCCGGCGCGUCGGGCAGCGAGCGCCCGUCGUCGACGUCUAAGCGCCCUAGCCGCCGAAUAAAGUAUACUCGAUCCAAGUCUGGCUGCUUGACGUGCCGCAAGCGGAGGAAGCAGUGCGAUAUGGCCAAGCCGAAGUGCCAGGCCUGUGUACGGCUGCAGCUGUCGUGCUCGUGGCCGCCAAACGACGAGCGGCCGACCCCGCCUCUGCCGCCGAGGCCAGCGCCGCCGCAGCACCACCACGGACACAACGAGCAGACGGUCGGCGACCUGAUGGACAUUCUCGGCUGGGACGGGUCCAACCCCGUCUCGCUGGGCCGGCCUAUCGCGCCCAUGCCGGCCAUCUCGCCGCUCGCCCCAAGCCCGCUCAACGCGGAGAUGCACGACCCCGCGGGCCUCUUCUUCUCCGGGCUCGACCAGUCGCUCGGCGACAUGUUCUCGCUUGACGGGGCGACGCUGCAGCUCUGGGCCGCCGACUGCCUGCGCCAGACGAACAGCGGCCCGGCAGACCUCUUCAGCGGCUGGGUCGACCAGUUUGUCGGCACAUAUCCCGUCGACGAGGGGCAGGGGCGCGGCGAUCGCGAACGCGUGACCCCGGCCAACCGUACCCCGAGCGAGCAUGCCGACGCCAAGCACUCGGCCCUGCUGCAUUACUUCCAGUCGACGCUGUCUCGCCUCGUGUCGUGCUCGGGCGACGGGCCAAAUGCGUUCUUGAGCUUCCAGGAGCUCGCGGACCGAGAUGGUGGCGGCAAGGGCAGCCCGGCGACGAGGGCGCUCUACCUGUCGAUUUUGAGCUGGGCAGGCAGGCAUAUGGCUAAUGCAGGCCACGCAAAGUACGAGGCUGUGAGCGAGCGGCUUGGGGCGCAGGCAGGGAGAAUUCUUCUUCCUCUCCUCGAGACGGACUUGCGCGAGGGGACAGGCGUCGAGAAGGCGGAUACAAUGACACUGCUCGCUGCUGCCAUCAUGGUGGUGCAGUUCAAGAUCUGCCGCGGAGACGUCUGGGGCAUGGACACGUUCGUCGACCACCUCACGCGGCUCUCGCACAUGCUCUACCGCGAGCAAGACAUCGACAAGAUCCCGCACGACUCGAUGCGGUACCAGUUCUUUGAGAACUUGUUCUACCACGACAUCCUUGGCUCCUUCCUCUACACGUCCCGCGGGCCAAUGCUGCCGUACCAGCUGCUCAGCAUCUGCUCGCAGAACCCGUUGCAGGCGCCCAACACCAUCACGGGCAUGAACCUGCCCAUCAUCACAAAAAUGUACCGCAUCGCCGAGCUCAUCCGGCGGCGGAGGUCGGCACCCGACGGGAUUCUGAGCGACGCGGCGUUGUCUGACGUCGUCGACGAGGCCGAGCAGCUCGAGAGCGAGCUGCAGGAUGAGAAGCGGCGACUCGACGCGCUCGUCAAGGCCAAGCCCGAAAUGCACAUGUCGCGCUACCUCCACGAGGCGUUCCGUACCGCCAGCUUGAUCCAGCUGCGAGCCUUUGCGCUUGGCGAGCCGCCGUGUUCGCUCCGCCUGCGGCUACUGGUGCGCCAGAGCCUUUCGCUGCUGGAAGAAAUGACCGACCCGAACAUUGUCGGCAUGUGCAAUGCCCACUGGACGCUGUUCAUGACUGCGCUGUGUGCCGUGCCGGGGCAGACGGGCCAGAGUCCCGCCGACGGCGGCGACGACGACCGCCAGCGCGCCGACAAGCUGUACGAGAUGAUGGGCCGGACAUUUGGCUUCCUCAACGUGCCGCGCUCGCGCAAGCUAGUGCACGAGGUGUGGAAGCGUAACCAGGACGGCAAGGUGUUUGUUGACUGGCUUGAUAUCGUCGCCGAGUGGGACUGGGAGAUUUAUCUGGUGUAGCCUGGUGUUGUCUGGUGUAGCCUGCCAUUGAUCGCUUGUACUCCUAUG